CCGGCCGCCGAAGCUGGACCUGCCCCGGCCGGCUGGACGCCACGCUGCGCUCCCAGCACCGAGAGGGGCGGCGCCGCACCGCCGUGGGACUCGCAAAGCCGCCCCUUUGAGCCGCCGCCGAUGCCGCUCGCCGGCGGUGAUGGGCCGAGCUUGCUCUCGCUGCUGCAGCAAGCCACCGCGGCGCCGUCCUCGGCUCCGGCCGGCGCCGGCGCCGGCUGGAGCCCGUUCUCGUCCACGUGGAGCCCGCUCCUCUACUCGGUGCCCACCACCUCCCCCUCGGUGGACUGGUCCUCCGCCGGCGCCUCCUCCAGCGCCGGCGGCGCCGGCACGGGCGCUCAGGGUCCCGGCUCCGGUCUGAACAGCUGGGCGGCGCCGCAGCCGCAGCCGCAGCCUCCGGCACGCCACCCGCAAUUUGGCAAGGAGAUGCGAUGAGAGGGCACGUGAGGUUGCGGAGCGUGCGAUCUCAACUCGACGCCACGCCGGAGUCCGAGUGGGAGCGCUCUUGGCUAGCGUGUCCUUGACGGCGAGGGCUGGAGCGGGGCGACGAGAGCUGGACGUCGUUUUUGAUAUUGUGUGGAGUGUGGCGGACACGGGC